GCUUCGUCGCUCACUGGAAACUGACUUUCGUUCAUUCAUAUCUUCUCCUAUCCUCUUCAUCAUUCCCUUCUCCUCGGUCAAGAUGCAGUGGAUCACCAUCGUCGCCCUCUUCGCAGCCAGUGUGACUGCACUUCCCAAACAGGAAGAAAAUCAGGCAAAGGAUUGGUGCUGGUAUUGUGGUCAUGGCAUCAUUGAUGGAGCCAUCUUUGACCCAUACGUUUUCGACCCCUGGGCUCCAUUCUGCCCAAAUGUCUUCAACCCUUAUUGCCCCGAACCAGGACGUGCAAAACCAUUCUGUACGGACGGCGAUGUCAAUGGCUGUUACUUUGCUCGGUGUCGCUGUGCCGGCGCGGUUACUGGUGCUUGCGACCUGUUGCACCAUGACUACCCGAACAUCGUUUAUGACCCAUUUACGGGAUCGUGCAUGGACACGAACCAACGCGGCAUCGAGUACCAUGGCUUCGCCAACUACUGUGCCAGGGCAGGCGGUUUCGUCUCUGGAUGCCUUCCUUGAGCAGCAGGAUAUGAGCAAGAUGCCCGCGGUUACCUGUCACGCCGUCAGUCAGCCUUGGAUAGUGAGGCGGAUCGGCAGGUCGAUGAAAGACGUGAUUCUACAUCUGUCUUGGACACAAAAAGACGUCGGUUUUUUUAAGCGCCUGCUUCUGUAAAUAUCUUUGCCAGUGUAGUUGUAGUAGGGAAACCCGGCUUAGCGCAGGCAUAUGCGUAUCUUUCUUUCCUACUAUGCGACAUAUAGACAAGUAUGUAUACGACUAUAGACAACAAUAUAGCGGUAGAUAUAUACUAGAAUAACACCUAAUCCCGCU